AUGGACUAUUCACGUCCUUAUCGCUCAAAGCGUCAUCCCCCAUGCGAUCAAUGUCGUCGCAAGAAAUUGCGGUGCGAUAGGAACGCAGGAACUAUUUGCCAGCGAUGCCAGCAGCGCAACACGCCCUGUUCAUUUAAUCAGUAUCAACCAAGCGAGCCAUCUCCAUCGACUGUACUUCCGGGUUCUGUUCCUCCAGUCCCAGAGUUAGCUCCGACACCUGCUCCUGCUCCUGCUCCUGCACCGGUUCCGCCUGUUUUCAGUGGCUCUCCUCUAUUCCCCAUCGGGACUCCAAUUGAUCUCCCGUUCAACACUGAAGCCACGCCAGGGCGAUUCGGCCAGACUGUACAGACCCUUGAUCAACUUCCUGGUUUAUCAACUCAGGUAAUCGGUGCGUCAGGCGAAUCUGAUCCAUGGCUACUGCGACAUUGCCGGUUCGAUGAUCGUGGUUUUCUCCGGUUUCAUCAGGUUCAUUUUCGCAAUGCUGGAGGAGUUCCUCUUGACGAAAAAAUCCCGGUACAUUUUUUGGUGACGGUAGAAGGAUUGUAUGAUGCAUCCAAACAAGCCACAGGGUUUCCCAAAAGGGCACUUAUUCGGGAGGAACUAGAGUCAUUGUUUCCGUUGGAAUGUGGACAACGACUUGUGGCGCUCUUCGUCAAGUUCGUCUAUCCAACGCUCCCGGUUAUUUCAAGAUCACAGAUCGGAAUAUCGCCCUCACAACCAAUUCCCGAUCAACAAAUCCUUCGCAACACACCUGUCCACCUCUUAGCCGCCAUUUAUGCAUCCGCUCAACCAUUUGCCAAAUUCGAUGAAUAUCUGUGUUUUGUCAACGCAUACACCCAACCACCCACGGACCAAUUGUGGCGCAUGGUGCUGGAGCUUCUGUUGGAAGAAAUCCAUACACCUCAUUUGUCCGUGAUGCAAGCUGGCCUUCUCUACCUGCACAAACCACUCAAAAACAACGAACGCGCUCUCGCCGACAGUCCCUUUAUCUGGUCAUUUGUCGGGCUGCUGGUCGGUCUGGCAACGUCAUUGGGACUAACACUAGAAUGUCGUCCGAUGGGCUUACCAGCAUGGGAGAAACGGCUUCGUCGUAGGCUUUGGUGGGCGAUCUAUAGCGAAGAUAAAUGGCGUAGCCUGUUGAUGGGAAGGCCGCCAUAUAUCCGACACGACGAAUGGGAUGUGACGGACCUAGAUGACCAGGAUUUCAUUCUAGAUCGAUCGUCUGACGAUCAGGCACAGCAAGCUGGCUUACCCUUUCAGCAGUUUAGCCGGCUAUCGUGCAAAUCUAACGCGGACAGCUCCCUGCGAUUAUCACAGCGCCUUUCAUCAAACUUCUCCGAGUCCCUCCAUGUUGCUCGCGCUCUUCUCCAAAAGCUCAAAGACUGGUAUUCAGUUUUACCACCGCAACUCAAAUCACAGACAGGGCACUUCACCAUCGACGACCCAACACCAAAAUGCACCUCCACCAGUCUACACUUUGCAUACAUCCUCCUCGAAAUCUUCAUCUUCCGCGCCCUACUCCGCCCCCUAGUCCGUUCCGCAACACCGCCGCCACUCUUCGAAGAAGGCACAGAGCCACUACCGACAAUGGAAAUGCACGAUCCGGAGAGCUUCAACCUUGUCGACGAUUAUAUCUCGGAGAUUGUCGAAGCGGAAGAAAUCGAACCCGUACCGGCUAUUGAAAUGACACGCGAAACGGGUAUCGGGACCGUCAAGGCCGCGGAAAACUGUGCUGCCAUUAUGCUGCGGUUGGUGAUGCGGAUGGUGUGUAGUGAUUUGGCUGGAUUUUGGUAUUCUUGGAGUCGAAUCGGCUUCGCCACCGUCUCGAGCUUCAUGCUAAUAUUGGUCGUCCAGGCUCCCUCCAGAGAUCAUGCAAUCCGUGCAAGGCGACUGGUAUACAUGUGGCGGCAAGCACUACGUAGUCAGAGCAAAGGCUGUAAUUUGAUGGAUCUGGCUCUUGUCCGGUUAGACGGGAUACAUUGGACGGGAUUGAGUCGGAAUUUCUAUCUACCUAGACAUGUUGAAGAGGCGCUCAACACGGACUGA